AUGUCGCACUUUUGUAUUGAUUCAAACUUCGAUCUCUUCAUCUACUUGAUUGAAGAGAUUAGGUUAAGUACAUGAAAAGAUCAACUUUUAAACUGGGCCUUAGAGUUAUAAACAUACCGAGGACAAUGACAGGUGGUCUUAAUUGUUCGUUAGGCGAAACAGCUAGGAUUAAAGAGACGUCUGACGGAAACAAAACAUUGUAAAACCAUAGAUACUUUUGGUUUUUGGCCAUCUUAGCUGAAGAAGAAACAAAAAGCACACUGCAGUGAUAAACAUAAGGAAAUAUAAACACUUUUGUGGAAAGAAAUAAAACUUUAACUUUUGCCUCUCCAAGGGAGCUUGCAGAGUAUCUGCGGUUUCUCGCGGGCAACGACACCGCAUACGAAGAAUAUUUUUGUUGGAAGACACAGUAUCAACGCAUUCGAACCCGGCGUGCUUGUGAAUUGUGCAAACAACUUCAUAACCAAAGCCUUUAUACACCGUCGAGAGUAUACGCAAACAUGACAAAAUUCUGGAAUAGAAAGCAGUGUAAAAAUCGUAUGCACUAG